AUGAACAUGGAGUUCAACCCUUCAGAUCACCCACGGGCCAGCACAAUAUUCCUCAGCAAAUCUCAAACAGAUGUGCGAGAAAAACGCAAGAGUCUCUAUAUAAACCAUCAUACUCCUGGUCAAUUGAGAAGGAAAUACAGUUCCUGUUCCACUAUUUUCCUGGAUGACAGCACAGUCAGUCAGCCCAACCUCAAAUAUACAAUUAAAUGUUAGGUUUUGGCACUGAGAUUUCAUCACAAGGACACAGAUGGAAGGAUGCUCCUAGAUAUUUUUGAUGAAAACCUCCACCCCCUUUCGAAAUCCGAAGUGCCGCCAGAUUAUGACACACACGACCCAGAGCAGAAGCAGAUCUACCGCUUUGUGCGGACGUUGUUCAGUGCUGCUCAACUGACUGCUGAAUGUGCCAUUGUCACCCUGGUAUAUCUUGAAAGGCUUUUAACAUAUGCGGAGAUAGAUAUUUGUCCAGCAAACUGGAAGAGAAUUGUACUGGGUGCGAUUCUACUGGCAUCGAAAGUUUGGGAUGACCAGGCUGUGUGGAAUGUGGACUACUGCCAGAUCCUGAAAGAUAUCACAGUUGAGGACAUGAAUGAGUUGGAGCGCCAGUUUCUGGAAUUGUUGCAGUUCAACAUCAACGUUCCCUCCAGUGUUUAUGCCAAGUAUUAUUUUGAUUUGCGGUCCCUGGCAGAAGCAAACAACCUCAGCUUUCCAUUGGAGCCCCUCAGCAGGGAAAGGGCAUAUAAACUUGAGGCCAUCUCUCGCUUGUGUGAAGACAAGUAUAAGGACUUCAGGAAAUCAGCAAAGAAGCGGUCGGUCAGUUCGGACAAUCUGACUAUAGUUAGAUGGUCUCCCGCUAUCAUCUCCUAACAGUGAAGUCUGGGAUCAUGCCUCCAAAAGUACUGUUUCUAUCAUCAACUUUGGGCAGGAGGGGAGGGAGGGGGUGUUAUUGUUCAUUAUUGUUUUUUGGGGGGGUUUUUUUUUGUUUCCCCUUGGGUUUUCCCCCUCCCUUAUUUUCAGAACUGCCUUUACAGUGCCUCCCCCUUUGGUGUAGCACACGAGAAUAAACCUGGGACUUGGAUAGAACCAUCAGGAUAAUCGUGAGGGACUCUGUAAGAAGAUUGCAUUUGUUACUUGCUAACAGAGAGUCCUUUUGUGAAGAAAAAAAAACAAACACACUUGGAAGAGGAGAAGACUGGGGCGCGGUGCGGGAGUGAAGAAACUGACAAGUGUGUGCCAUAUUUUUUUUUAAAUUACCUUCUUCAGAAACAAUGGCAUGAAAAUAAAAUCCACAAGAUAAGCUUGCAAGAGAGCUUUGGGGACGGGGUGGGGGGGAGGAAUUGGAAGUGCUUCACGUUCUCUCUGGUAUCUUCUAUCAGUUUUGGGUUUUUUUUAAACUCCUGGGUUUUGCAUUCCUCUUUGCUGUUUGCCUGGGUUUGGUUUUCCUGCUUCUGCCAAGGCAGCAAGCACAAAGGUGGCAUCUACAGUAGCACAAGCCUCUGAAUCUGACAGCAUUGGUUGUUUUCUUCCCUCUACAAGGCACUUUUCUCUUUAUAAGCUGUUUAAUUAGCAUUUCUGCCCAUUGUCAUUAUGCAUAUUUUGUUUCUCAUAUGCCUUUUUGGGGGGAGGGGGGGAGUAUUUUUGAAAACAAGAUUUAACUUGAUUUAUAGUGCUGAACCAAAAGUAUACAACAAGAUCAGGUGAUCGUAAUUUUCAUGAUUUUUUUUGUUUUGUUUUAAUUUAUAGCAGCCGGUAUCCGUGAUGCUGCCUCGCUAGCUGCAUCAUGGAAGACUGACUGUGUAAUAGUAUAUGUGGCUGCAUGUGCCUUCCUACGUUCUGUUGGGAUAGUUUAUUUUUCCUUACUAUAAAGUGAUGAUUGUUAGAAGGACUCAGACAACAGUGGAACUUGGGCUGAGGAGGUGAAAUUUGCAUUGGAGGUAGUCGUCCUUUUCUGCAAGUUUUCCAUAGCAUUCAGAAAUUCGGCAGGCUUAAGUGAGAGAAAGCAAGGCCUCCCUUUCGUGUGGCCCGAAUAAUUGAUUUCCUUCACUUCCUGGUUCAAUGUUGCAAGCAAUAGCCUCAAGUUUUUUAUAUGUUUACUUUAAAUGGAAACCAAUCUGUUUGUAUAAAAUAGGGGGGGAAAGUAAAAAAAAAAGUUUUUUGUUCUAGUGAAAAGCGGUCCAUGAAAUAAGAAAAUCUAUAUUCAUUUUACCAAGUGUUUGUC